AUGGCACCAAAGUGGCCGCAGGUAAACAAUGGCCCAGAACACAUCAACGAGCACGCCACAUACCUUAGAGAAGCAUGCCAUCAAUUGCAGGCCGUGGACAAAGGCAGGCAGAAUCAAGUACCAUGGAAUAUAGUACAGCAAUACAUCGCAUCCACCAUCACGCUCGCGGGCAAGGUGCUCCGGCAGCCCCCAAUGAGCGACAUCCUCCACCACGUCCAGGAUGCUGUUAAGUGUACGCAGAACAUUCAGAGAGACGUAUCAAUCAUCAAAAACUCCGUAGGCCUCAGCACCACCCCGCCUAAUACCACCAACUUUAGUGGUGGCCGGACAGCUGCAACAUGGGCGCAGGUGGCAGCACAUGGUAGAGGCACCCAGGUGUUACCGCCACCUGUUCCCCAAAGCGCGCGUACCACUAAGACACAGCCAACAGUCACAGCAUAUAAGGACCGAGCAGUAACAGUCAGACUCAAGGAUCAUGGAAUCGCCCAGCGUUUUCGGACGCUUCCCGCAAUCAAGAUUAGACAGCAAGUCGAGACCUCGAUCAAGAACCACGUGGUUACCAAAUCAGUGGCGGUGGUCGCCGCCCAUCAACUCAAAAGCGGCGAUAUACAGAUCUUCACCUCUUCUACGGCAGAGGCCGUUAAGCUCAAACAGAACAGAGAAUGGGUAAGCGGACUUGGGGAACAUGCGGAACUCAUCGUGCCUACCUACGGAGUCAUCACCCACGGCAUUUCUACAAGCACUAUCAACAUCAAGGACCAGAAAGCGACCAUCCAGCAAAUACUCGCAGACAACUACACAGUCAUCCCCAAGGCGGAGAUCUCAUAUGUGGGAUGGCUAACCCGAGAAUCACCUCUCAAACGCGCAUCCUCAAUCGUGGUGGAGUUCACGGACCCAGAAAUGGCCAACGCCAUCAUCUACGCAGGGAUGGCGUGGGACGGACAGAUACAUACAUGUCAACUCUAUGAUCGCGCCUGCAGAGUCAAGCAAUGCUUCCGGUGCUACAAUUACGGCCACAUCGGCACUCAAUGCGAUGCAGCCCAAACAUGUGGCUAUUGCGCCGAGCUACACGAGACCAGGAACUGCACGCAGAAGGGAGUGGAAGGCUUCACUCCCAGUUGCCCAGUCUGCAAAGGUGCCCACACGGCAUGGAGCAAUGCCUGCCCAGCAAGGAGGAAAGAAUUGGGAAGAGUUGAGCAAGCAAAGCAGGUUCGAAACAGCUACUGGCAGGUGCCCCCCAAAGACGAACCCCUUGAGAACAACAACUCGCGGAAGAGACCACGCCACGCACGCAGCCCCACCCCCAACGAAAUUAUAACAAUAGUGAGCCCUAGAGAAGCACUCCCGGACCAUACAGACCCCACCCAAGAGCCUCCACAGGCGCAAGAAGAUCGUGCAACACCAGCACCACAACAUGAACCACAGCAACCGGAGAUCUACCCACAGUUACUGGCGACAGAAGAACCCCAGGAGACCGGUCCGGCGGCGGAUGAAUGGCUGGCCAGUUUAGCAAACAACGUUGCCGAGGACUGGAUACACGACCCUGGAACGGUGGAUACUGUUCCGACAUCCAUGGCAACGAACACUCGCACGGCUCAAGGACACAUCUACAAGGCGUGCAAAUGUCCAGAGCACCAGGAAAUCUACAGCAGCUGGCCAGCACAAGAUGCGGAGCUGACGAUCGCCCACUGCAUGAAGAUAUGCAUGUACUGCGGCAGAGACUUCCCGCUGGCAGCUGAAUUACGCAAGCAUUUGAAAAGAAAGGAGUACUCGUCUCGAAGCCUGACACGCCUUCACCCCGGGAUGGACGCAGAGGCCCCGCGUAGAGCGGCCAUUCCGUCAGCUGAGGAACCGGGUGACCCGGAGCCGAUCCCGAAGCCGAUCCCUUACAAACUGCCCCGAAGCAACGCCUCUCCUAUGCUAGAACACCAGGAACUACGCAUCUUACAGUACAACGUGUGGAAGUCGAGAGACGUCGUCCUCGCCAGCCUGUUCCAAAACCGAAAAAUCCUCGACUACGACAUCCUGGCAAUUCAGGAACCGUGGCGAAACCCCUUCAUCGAAACAUCAUAUCACCCCCUCAAGGCACAAUUCCAACUAACAUAUCUCGCCAAUGCCGCAACGAGGGUAUGCCUAUACAUCAGCAAACGAAUCAACCCUGGCACCUGGAGUGUCUCAUACAUCUCUAAGGACAUCAUCUCCCUGCAGAUUCUCAAUCCCCAUUCUGGCAGAAAGGUCUCCGUUUUCAAUGUCUACAAUGAAGUGGGAACCGACACGCUUUCCACGAUGGCAGAAGCGAUCAGAGCACUAAACUCACCUGAGGAUAUCAUCGUACUUGGGGACUUUAACCUGCAUCACCCUCUCUGGUCCUCAACACACCGGCACGGGGGUAGGGGGCCAAGUGCCCAAGGCCUUCUUACAGUCAUCGAAGAAUUUCAGCUGCAGCUUCUCACAAAGCCCGGAACCCCAACGCACCGAUGGAAGGAUGGAGAGUCUACGAUCGACCUAACAUUUGCCUCGGAAGAUUUAGCAGACCGUGUGACCCACUGCAAGGUUGAUAGGGAAGUGGACUGUGAUUCGGAUCACCUCCCAAUUGCUCUAGUGUUCGACUGGAACUGGCAACCAGCAAACCCAACAAGAAAGCGUCUAUGGACAAAGACAAACCUGGAAUUACUGCGGAAAACCGUUGAGACACGCCUACCUCGACCGGGUGACACCACAGAACUUAAAAACAAAGAUGGUAUCGACAAAUUCGUCUCCACCAUCAUUAGGGCACUGGAGGCGGGCAUCGCCGCAUCUACUCCAUGGUCAAAGCCUUCCCCUCGAUCAAUUGCGGGGUUCGACCAGGAGUGCAAGGACAUAUGCACCGAGGUCCAACAGCUCCGCCGGAGAUGGCAACGAUCAAGACAAGACGAGGACUACGAGGCCUACCGGGAAGCGCGAAACAGGAAAGGCCGACAUAUCCAAAAAAUCCUCCGCAACACUCACCGGCAACGAGUCGAAGAAGCAUCCGCAUCGCAGUCGGGUCUUUGGAACCUGGUUAAAUGGGCCAAAAACAGACACGACAUAACACCCGCAUGUACUCCGGCUCUGGUGAAACUGGACGGAGGGUCUGCUCACCGACCAGAGGAGAAGGCGGAAGUGCUCCGCCAAACAUUCUUCCCACCACCACUCCAGGCAGAUCUGUCAGACAUUGGGGGUUACGAAUACCCCCCACCCAUCGAAUGCCCGGACAUCACCGUGGCAGAGAUCGAGAAGGCAGUGCGCAGAGCCUCCCCGAACAAGGCCCCCGGAGCCGACGGCAUCACCAACGGAAUCCUGCACCAGACGCUUGAUAUCCUCCUUCCCAGCCUUCACAAACUCUUCAAUGCGUGUCUUGAACAGGGCUACUGUCCCACUCAUUUCAAAGAUACCAUCACGGUAGCCCUCCGAAAGCCAGGGAAAGACGACUACACGCAACCCAAAGCGUACCGGCCAAUCGCUCUCCUCAGCACGUUGGGCAAGGCCCUGGAAGCCAUCAUUGCCAACCGACUUGCAUAUAUCGCCGACGUCUACCGACUCCUCCCCAGCCGCCACACGGGGGGCCGGAAAUUGGCCUCGACUGAGCAUGCCAUGCACUUCCUCCUCCAACAAAUACACCAGGCAUGGUCCGAAGGCAAGGUGGCCUCCCUACUCCUACUCGACGUGUCAGGAGCAUACGACAACGUCUCUCAACAACGACUUCUACAUAACCUCCGGAAACGCCGAGUUAGUGAGAGGAUCAUAGGGUGGAUAGAGUCAUUUCUAAGCAACCGAUCUACCACUCUCAAGCUACAGGAGUACACUGCACCGUCGGCCCCGAUUCAAACUGGAAUUCCACAAGGAUCGCCCAUCUCGCCGAUUCUGUAUCUUUUCUACAAUGCUGACCUCAUUGAAGUAUGCAAGACAGAGGAGACAGAGGCGGUUGGAUACAUUGACGACGUGUCAAUCCUGGCUGUAGGCCCGACCGCACAGCGCAACUGCAAAACCCUUAAGAAAAUCCACCGAAACGCCGAACAAUGGGCGCGAAGGCAUGGCUCCCAGUUUGCGCCAGCAAAGUACGAACUUGUCCACUUCACAAGAGACCCAAAGGCAAACAGUACGCACGCCUUGCGCCUACCGCACGCCACAGUCGAGGCCUCCCCAUCAUGCCGCUACCUGGGCGUCCACAUGGAUACCAAACUCCGAUGGGACUACCACCGCGAGAAGGUAGAAGCAGGGGCCACGAAACGACUCUCAGCAUUAUCAGCCCUGGCAUCCUCAACAUGGGGAACAGGAGCUAUUAAUCUCCGGCAGGUGUACAGAGCAAUGAUCAUACCUCAGAUGCUGUAUGGCUGCUCCGCAUGGCAUAUCCCCGGUAAUGGCUACACGAGCCGAGGCAGUGCCAUGAUAAACGCCAUCAAGAGGAUCCAGAGACGUGCAGCCCAAAUAAUCACGGGAGCAUUCCGAACAACCGCCGGGCCAGCCGUGGACGUAGAGGCACACCUGCUUCCGAUACAACAGCAACUCGAGCAAACAGCGCUGGAAGCCACUAUGCGCAUACGAAGCUCCCCGUUACACAAUGACAUGGCGACAUCGAGUGAAAGCAAUACAAGAACCAACCGAAAGUGCGAUGCACUGAGCCCCCUCGACCGUUUCUCUGGCAUCCUGGAACACAAAUACAAUGUGCAACUCAACCGACUUGAGAAACGCCAACCGCAUGUUGUACCGCCGUGGUGGACCCCACCUCUCAUCUGCAUAAAGGAUUCGGCCAAUGACGCGAUCAAGGAACACGACACCAUGGAACCGACGACGAUGCGCAUCUACACAGACGGUAGUAGCAUCAACGGUCACGUUGGGGCAGCAGCAGUGGCGCCCUCACUCCAGGACAACGGCAUCUGCAUGCAACGGACCCAAUACAUGGGCGCAUCCAGCACCUCCACGGUGUACUCGGCGGAACUCAAGGGCCUGGUGUUAGCUCUCCAGAUGGUAAUUGACAUCCAUGCAACUGGCACUGCCCCCGGGAAAUGCGCCAUCUUUACCGACAACCAAGCUGCCGUCCAAGCAGUCCGGAACCCCAAGCAUUCGUCGGGCCAGUAUAUCCUCGUCGAAGCUAUACAAGUACUCGAUAGGCUGCGAGACCUUGGAUGGGAGGUGCAAUUUCACUGGAUUCCAGCACACGUCGGAGUACCGGGAAACGAAGAAGCAGACAGACUGGCAAAGCGGGCCGCCGACCCUACCUUGAACACUGAACAACCCGAACCGGAUCUGAUACGGACGCUGCUGGCAUCCACGAAAUCCACCAUCCGCCAGGCGAUGAAAGGUGAAUGGGAAACAUCAUGGGAGAAAGGAAAGCACGGUAGAGAUCUCUUCCGACUUGGGGCUCGACCGGGAAAAGCGACUCUCAACACACACAUGGGAACACACAGAGCAAUUAGCUCCGUGAUCACACAGAUGCGUACAGGCAAGAUCGGCCUCCGUGCGUAUCUUCACGACAUCAAUAAGGCCGACACCGACAAAUGUCAGUGCGGCUACGGACCGCAGACCGUGCGACACAUCCUCCUGGAAUGCCGGAACUGGGCAGAAGAACGACAUCGAAUGUGGGCAGGCAAGUCUCCAUGCGCGGACAUCAAACGCAUUCUCUGUAGCUCGUCAAUGGCAGUACAAGCAGCAAAGAUGAUGAUCAGGACAGGCCUCCUGGGUCAAUUCCAGGCGGUCCCGUCCACAGUACUCCAAUAUAACUAG